AUGGCUUCUCACGUGGAAGGUUUUCGUAGGAAAAGAAAAGCUGGAAAAGAGCCUGGAGGUCCACCACAAAAGGUAGCUUCUCCUUCAGUUACGUCUCAAGCACCAAGAGGUAUAAAUGUUGCUGAAUUUGCUGAAGCAAGAGCCCUGGAGUUGCACAACAUGAUUCAGGAAAUUAGCACGGCUGACAAGAAGGGAAGCAAAAGAGUUUUUCAAAGUUUGCCAAAACACAUGAGAAGACGAGCUGCUAGUUACAAUGUGAAGAGAAUGCCUGUUAGGCUGCGGGAACUUGGAAAGAAGGAGGAAAAGAAUCAAACUGACACCCCUAAGCAGAAGAAAUCUCGUCGUCAAAGAAGAAAGCCAAAGUCUUUACUAAAUGACUACAACAGACGCAAGAAGAACAAUGUUUGGCUAGAAACACACAUCUGGCAUGCCAAGAGGAUGAAAAUGGUAAAUGUAUGGGGCUAUAAGCUGGCUGAACAUCCCAGUGACAAGAGUUUCCGAGCUUGUCACCGAGCUGUCAGUAACACAUGCUUGUUACAGGACAUCUCCUACUACUGUUGUAUUGAAGUCAAGGGCAACAAGUGUGAAAUCAUAUCAGCAAUGAGUAAAAUUACAAGAAAAGAACUAGGUCCAACGAUAGCUUCAAUAGAAUAUAUGAAUACUGGGAAAGAAGGACAUGUAAUGCUCUAUCAUCCUGAUCGAUACCCCUAUGGUGCAAUUGGACCAGCAUCAUUUCUAUGGCGACAGUUCUCUACAAUUGAAUGCAAUUCUGAUGAACCAUUGUCCCAGCUAUGGAUCUGGGUACACGCAUCUUGCUUUGACGAGGCUCUGAAUGUCAUUCAGAAAGUCUGUUCAAAUGUGUCAAUGAGUGAACUAUCUGAACGUGCUUUAGAUAAUUGUAAUGAAGAGGAUAAAAGUGAAAAGUCAAGGAAGAACAGCACCAUUGUUUCUUCGCUGCAGUUUGAUUUGGCUCGUCUUCGUCUUACUGGGCCUUUAGCUCAUGCUUUACUUGUGGACAUGUUGGAAGUUAUAUGUGACAGAAAUGUCCUAGCUAAUGGAGAACAAAAUGCAAAGGAAGCAUCGACAUUUCAGGACCUGAAUGGAGUUUGUGAAAGCAAUAAUAAUUCCAAGGAAUCAAGCCAUCAAAGUCACAGACAGGAUCAAAGUGAUGAUGAAGCUACUAAACUUUGGAAAGGGCUGAAAUCAGUGUCCUAUUCUUCUGCUCUUAAGCCUAACUGUACAAUAGGACUAAGUGUCCAGGACCCUAGACUUGGCCUUCCUGGCAAAAGAACCGGUAUUGAUGCAACAGUUGUAGAGAAGAAGACUGGAGAAAGUGAUGCCACUUUAUCACAUUUACUACAUUCCAAGUGGCCAUCAAGUGUUGCAGCAUCAUCUCUGUGGGAUGCUGAUAUUCGAAACCAUGUGAAAGAAACAAAAAUGGAUGAUCAUCAACUGAACAGCUUGCGAUCAAACCUUCUGUUGUCGGGUACCAAAUUAGAGCUGGGAACCAAGGAAUCACAUGUUCCUAUACUGCUUAUUCAACAACCAGGACAAAAUGGAUAUGGAGCUGGGUGGGACAUAAUUCUGCCAGCUGGAUGGACAAUGCCUUUUUGGAUAGCUUUGGUGUAUCGAGGAGCUCGCGUAGGGGGCCUACGAGAAAGCAGGAAUUGUUCCCUGGAAUCUGAGGUCCCUCAUUUCCCACAUGACGUUCCUGAUACGCAAGCUGGCAAAAACUACAACAACGAAAUCCAGAAUGAAGGUGAAACUAAGUAUUCACGGUACCCCCCUGACAAACGACCUAACUAUGAAAAGCUUGGUAUUUCUUCACCGUUCUCCAAUCCAUGGAAUAAACUAGUGAACGAGUGGUCUGUUGAAUCUAGGAAAAUAUUGGAAAACAGCGAAUCAACUACGACCAACCUUGCUUCAGCAACGAAUGACUCCGUGUCACGUCCGAACGAUACCAAAUCUUCUCGGAACAAUUUUGAAUCUCUUUCAAUUAACAAUGAUUCCGGUGAUAAGCAAGAUGAAUUUUUUUAUGUUUUACGCGAUGUAUCAAAAGUUAGUCAUCUGCGAAACAUGUUCAAAGAACCAAGUGCUAAAAACAAGCGAACACAUUGCACUGAAGAUAACUUCAAUUUGAAUCAUCUUACUAGCAUCAUAGACAAUAGCAGAAAUGCUUUGGUUGCGGUGUCGCUGCGCAUGGUAAAUCAAGGGUUUCCGCUGCCCAUUGCAACCAUAUCUAUUCCAAGUGCAUCCGACUUAAAAGAACUAGAAAAGUGCAAGAAGUACGGGGGUCCAACGGAGCCUUUGCAUAAGGGACCAAAACGUCAAUUCAUUUCAAAAGUGAGUAAUGUUAACACUCUCAUUGGCUGUUGCACUCGAGACGUCAUAGGAUUUUUGACGUCAGGACAGUACUCGUUGUCACGUGGUUAUGGUGUUGGCAUUGGAUAUUGUGCCCUGCCUGGGUUGGCACGAUUGUUGUUAACAGGACUACAGGGAAUAGUACUUGUUCGCAAUACGUUAAGCCAACAGUAUAGAUUUGCUUAUCUGUCUAUUAUUUGACCUCCUUGUAUAGUUGCAAAUACUGUAAGACUGCAGUCGCUAUCAAAAAGAUAAGAAGGUUAUAAAUACUCUUGACAUUUCUCUCUCUUUCACUUUAAACAGAGACUUUGCCUAUAUGGAUUCUAAACACUCCCUUUCCUGUGGCUUCAUGGGCGUUUAGAAAGGAAUUAUAUAUUGUAAAGGUUACACGUUUGUGAGGCUAAAAGCAGAAAUAUAUUUUUAUGUGAACACGUGAUUUUCAUAUAGAGUUAUAUUUUCUAUAAAUUCGAGGGAAAAAAAUCGAGCACAAAUAAAGCAGAAAAACAAUGGAUGAAAAAAAAAAUCCCACAAAAGAACGUUCAAAACCCUCCCCUCAAAAAUCUAAUGACCUUUCCCUAACUGUUAAAUGGUCAUGACAUUGUCUGGGAUAGCGAAUACAAUUUGCGAAUGUCAGUCGUGAUAUGCACAAAAGAAUCUAAAGGUCCUGUUAUUUGGUGUCUAAGAUGAUGGCGGCCAUUGCAUCCAAUCAGACGUCCACUUUUUAGUCCUCUCACGUUAAAUCGACUCUA